AAAAACAAUAACAUACAUCCAGCCUGUUCAGUCCGUUUUGGAAAUCACUAACCAUUCAGCUUCAGAAAGGUAGCCUUUGAUCUCAGAUGGUAAAACCAAGCUUUGAUUCACUGUCAUGUGCCUGUGUUAAAGGAAGAAGGAUUGGAACGAAAGAAAUAAACUUAUUUAGUUACCAUCAGCAGGUGCGUGUGACGUCACCAAUGAGUAAUCCUGAGAUGAAUAUGGAAGAUGUAUGUGUUAAAGCGAGAAGUCAUUCAAGAGUGACUGAGAGAAAAACAAAAGAUGGCGAUACGAUCAAGUUGCUAAAAGAAAUAGAAUCGCUGUGUCAGAGGUCCAAGCAACCGGAAGUUAUACUUCUUCUCGGUGACGUGGGUGCAGGCAAAAGCUCCCUGGUCAACACUGUAAUUCGGGCGCUGACUGAACAACAUCUUCCGAGGGCGAAAACUGGGAGAGGUGGCGCACACUCCAAAACCGUCACACUCCAAAGGUUUUACCAGUGCGGGGUCAACGAAAACGACCUUGAAGAAGGCCACGAGUUGAAAGGCUUAACUCACAUGCUACCAACGCUUAUUGACUUUGCUGGCCGUGCCCAUUGUCAAGAAGAAUUUCUUGAAAUUUUAGAUCUCAUUCUUGGAGGAUAUAUACCUACUGGUACUUCAAUCAAAUACCUCGAGGAAUAUCAGAGAGAAUACGGCAUUGGAAAACUGUCUCGGAAGUUCAACGCAAGCGACCCUGCCCUGGAAGUGACCAAAGUCGUCCUAGUAAUAGACACUCAAUCCUCCUCGUUGCCAGAGUCGCUAAUUGAGAACAUACAGCGUGCUAUCCAACAACACACUGCAGACGGACAACUGAAGUACCAAUGUGAUCUUUUUGUCGUUUUGACGAAAAUGGACAUGGAAAAGGAUGUCACAGAUGAAGAAAAUAAGCUUGAUUCAACUGUGUCGGUUGAAAAGUCGAUUACGUCGCGUGAAGAGAGAGAACGCCAGCUUGCUAUUCUGCUUACCAUCGAGGGAGCCCUUAACGACAAUCUCUUUCGGUGGACCAGUUACCAUGACAACAUAACGGAGCAAAAUCCCGAGAUUGACAUCGUGGCUCUUAAGUUUUUGAAAACCAUGAUGCAACAAAGACCGACAGAUGUCCAAUCAAGCGUGAAACCGAAAGAACUGUUGCUGAAAGAGAAAAUUCAAAUGAGAGUUGAAAAAAUAUGGGAUGUAGCCUUAACAUCUGCCCGUAGAAAUUGGAACAGUCUGGAGAAACAAACUAAACUUGCAGUACUGGCUGUUUUCGUAGGAUGCUUUAUUAUCUACCUCCUAAGCCGUUCUGUUUUAUAACUUCUUAUGUCAAUAAAGAAGUGACAAUGUGGCAUUCUUGGCGUGACAUUCAGGCGGUUCAGUUUUGUAGAUUGUUCGAUGAGCCCAUUUAUAACUUUAUUUUACGAAACGAACUAUUUCAAGAACCCACGCUGUUGUAUUAUUAUAUACACUACAAUACUCAAACACUAUAAUAGACAAUGAGUUAAAUUGUAUUACUUCCCUUUAAUCAUAAACUCUAUUACAUGUACAUGUAUUGUUUAUUAUAUACUGAUGUUGUACACUUUAAUAGCACUUGUUAAUCGAAUUUCACACUAUAAACAUGUACCCAAAACUUGGUUUCUUUGUACAUCUCACACCCAUCCCAAGGAAUACAACACACACCAGCAGGAUGAGGGCACCUGCCUAAAAGUGACACUCUUGUUCAAAAUCAAUAUAUACACAUGUAUAACAAACAUCAAUUUUGACUGAUAAACCUUUAACUACUUACUAAAUAAUGCAGUUAUGGAAAAUAUUUAUUACUGAUAACAAGAUUGUAACCGUGUAUUUAAAAGCAGAAAGCGCAAAAAUAUUAAAUGAUUGGUGAAUGCUAAAAGAUUUCCUUUGGUCUACUAUAGCCUCAUAAGGUAGAAAUACCGUGUUUCUGCACUUUUCUUUCAAAUUAAACACGGUGUUUUUUGUACUCUUUUUACCAAAAUAUUUUAUAUGAAUUACUUCCCAGAAAAGUGGUCACAAUGUUUUAUACAUGUAGUUCCAAAAAAGAUGUUUUUUAUUGUUUAAAAUGUGGUGAAAAAAAUAGUUAAAGAGAAAAGAAAAAUAAGACUGUUAAAUACACUUGAAAAAAAUGUUUACAAAAGUUAUAAAUGAUAGAGAUACUUUUUUGAGAAAGACGUAUUCAUGUAAUGUGUAUAUUGAGGCACAAUCGGGCUUUAGAAGGCAGUUUGGAACUGUUGAUAAUGUGUUUGUUUGUUUUACAUGGUAUACUAUAUAAAUAAACCAUAAUAAUUUGCAGUUUUUAUUGAAUUUACCAAACCAUUUAAAUACAUUCUGAGGGAAAGUAUAUGGUUAAUUUAGUUUAUCGAACUUUUUGUGAAAGGAAAAAUUACUUUAAUAGUUGAAACAUUGUAUAAACAUAUUUAAAAAUGAAACAUGUCUUUGUAUUUUAUAUUUUUUAACCUUUUUAUAUAAUGGUAGGAUGAGUCAGUUAAUCUGUUCGCUCCUAAGCUAGUUAGAGGUGAUACAUGGUUUAUUAAAUUAUUUCUUACCAGAGCUUAUUUAAAGCACCAAAGAUACAGCUGUUACAUUUUAUGUUCUUCUCUCUUUUAAGACUUCUUUUAGACACCUAGUGUCACGAUUAAAUGACUCAACCUACUUUUUAGUGUGUUAUUGUGUCUAAGUAUACAAUGAUAUAUAAUGUAUUCUUAUGUGUUGUUUGAAGCAGUUUGCACACUGUGAAAUGUUAUGUAAAAGUUUUAUAGUCUCUCGUAAUUCUUUAAUAGAAUGGCCGCAUAUAUAUCCUGUUUUGUACAUACUGUGUUUUACCUGAUUUGAAUAUAUGUGGAUGAGACUUUAAUAAAUAAAUAAAUAAAUAUAUGAGAUCAAGUAUGAGUGAUGACACCAUGCAUACUUGGUGUAAUUCAGUGUGAAACUUUGUCUCCUUUCUUAUUUUGUAUGUAUUAAAAUGAAACAGAAGAAUGUUUUAGUUUAUGCUAACUGUCUUCUAUGGUGUUGAAAGUGUUUCUCUUCGAUGUAAGCGGAUGAUAAAGUUGUUGUUGUUGUU